UCUGGUUUUGCUUUUUUUUUUUUCUUUUGGUGAGAGGCACCUUCACGUUCCCAUCCGCAGCCUGGUCCUCAUGCCUACUUGGCUCCUGCUGUUGAUCUGUGCUCUACCCUGUGAGCCUGCUGGAAUCCAAGUCUCUGAUGUGAGCUUGAAGACUCGGCCCCCGGGAGGAUGGGUGAUGGAGGGAAACAAGCUGGUCCUCAUCUGCUCUGUUGAUCGUGCCACUGGAAAUAUAACAUUCCUCUGGUACAGAGGGGCCCUGGGUUUAAAUCUGGAAACAAAGACACAGCCUUCACUAACAGCAGAGUUUGAGAUCAGUCAAAUGGAACAAAGCGAUGCUGGUCAAUAUUACUGUGCAGCUGACAAUGGCUACGGCCCCGUCCCCAGUGAGCUGGUGAACGUCCACGUCAGAGUUCCAGUGUCUCGCCCUGUCCUUACAUUUGGGGACUCUGGAACCCAGGCCGUGCUGGGGGACCUGGUGGAACUUCACUGUAAGGCCCUGAGAGGUUCACCCCCAAUCUUCUACCAGUUUUAUCAUGAGAGCAUCAUUCUGGGGAACAGUUCAGCCCCCUCUGGAGGAGGAGCAUCCUUGAACUUCUUCCUGACUGCAGAACAUUCUGGAAACUUCUCUUGUGAAGCCAGCAAUGGCCAGGGUGCCCAACGAAGUGAGGUGGUGGCUCUCAACUUAACAGGUCUCUCCUUCGUGCCGACUGAGGAUGGAAUCAGUCAUCUCUCCUCAGGACUUACUGGCUGGCUGCUUGCCUCUCUUGGUCCCAUCACCAUGGCUUUAAUAUUUUGCUACUGGCUCAAGAGAAAAAUAGGAAGACGGUCAGAAGAUCCACUCAGAAGCCCUCCUCAGACUGGGUUCCGAGAAUCCACCUACUCCAACUCCCCGGGCCCAAGGCAGCCAGAGCCGGUGUAUGAGAACGUGAACGUUGUAAGUGGCGAUGAAGUUUACUCUCUGGUGUACCACACUCAGCAAGAGCUGGAACCAGCAGCGGCUCAGCAUGUGAGGACACACCCCCCAAGUGAGGUCUCCUUUGGAAUCUAUUCUCAGCCAAGGAUAAACACUGCAUAUGCAGAGGACUACGAAGACACUAUGUAGAAUUAUGUAGACAGCAACUGUGGAGUGCUACGAAAAAGCCCAAGGCCUGAUGUGGCCUCCAAGGACACGGGGGACGGGGAUAGCUGGUCAGCACACCUUCCCCGCAUGCUGCCCUUCAUCAGACCUAUGUGAAGUAGGAGCAAGUCCUGCAGAAAUCACCCCAGAAAACCAACUUAGAGAAGCCAGAAGCGUUUGCUGGUGACAUCUGGCUGUUGCCCAUUCAUAUCGGGGCAUGAUGAACUGCACACUCUUAUUUAUAAGAGGAAAAUGGUAUGAUGGAAUCAGCUGAGAAGGGGAAGGAGAGACUCAGACAGCACAAAGCCAGGAUCAAUGGCUUUGCGGGUCUGCUGUGGAGACAGGGUUGUGCAUCCUCUGUGCACAUAUCCCAGACACUGUACUUUCAAGUCACUGUCACCAAUUUAGAAUUAAAACACAGUUGCGUAAAAAUGUACUGUGGCUACACUCAA